GGAGGUUCUACAACCAUUGUUAAAUAUGAAAAAUCCUCCUGUUUAUUUUGCAAUGAAUGGUUCGAUUCACAAACAUUUACGGAACACUUAAUCCAUUGCGGGCAAGUGUUGGAACAAUGUCCAAAUACUUGUAACGUUUUUGUACCACGCAUACGCAUGCGUGCCCAUCUGAAGGAGUGUCCGCGUAAUAAACGUCGUAGUGCCAGUUUAGAACGUCUGGAUCAACAGGUGGAUUAUCGGGUACAGGUUGUGGAGAAUGAAAUCAAUACUCUGCGCUCCGUGCUGAAUGAGGAAAUACGUCAACGCCUGCAUCUCAUCACUGAUGUGGGGAAUUUGCGAAAACAAAAUCAGGUCAUGGAUGAUUGGCAACAAUCCACCAACCAAAGUCUGAAAUCAUUGCAAAAUCGCCUCGACGAGGAAAACACACAAAGGACAUUCGAAGUGGAACAAUGCCAACAGGAUUUUCGUUGUUGUUUCGAUACAUUGCAGUCUUUAAAAAGCGAAAUCCAAAAUGAAAUCGACGAUCUGGAGAAACACAUCAAUCAAAUGUCCUUGGAGUUAACACAGCAUCAAAAUCAUUUAAACGAUAACAUCAUGAAAUUGGAGGAGACGGUGCUGCUGCAUGAAAAAACUAAUAGGGAUAAAUUUAUUGAAAUUGAAAAUUACCUGCAAUCAAUCAAUUUGGAUUUAAAUGCCAAAUUUGUUCCCGAACAUGAUGUAGCCAAAUACGCUGCCUUAGAUCUGGAAGUGAAGGGAAUGAAACACAUUGUCUGUGAUACGGAGGAACGUUGUGAAAAAUUGGAGACGUUGGUCACUCAGAUCGACCGUAAUUUACAUCACACAAUGCAAUUGGUAAAUGAUUUGGAAAAUCAUAUUGCCACCCAGCAACGUUUAACGAGUUAUAUUAAUUGUAGAGGCCACUUGGUUUGGAGAAUCAAAGACUUCUCCAAAAAGUUUGAAGAAGCUCGACAAUACGAUACGAUACUGCACAGUGCCAUGUUUUCAAAUAAACCGUUUGGUUAUGCUUUAAGACUUGACAUUUAUCUAAAUGGCAAGGGAACGUGGAAGGGUCGCAAUAUGAUCGCCUGUCUCAAUGUUAUAGCCGGUGAAUAUGACCCGUUGCUGCCAUGGCCAUGCCGUCUACAAGCCGAUGUUAUUAUACGAGAUCAAACAAUAAAUGCCGCGCAACCGGAGAAUUAUGUAAAAACUGUUUUGGUGCGAAAGAAAAGUGAUGAUUACAUACAGACGAAACAAUUCUUCCACAUACCGCAUACGAUAUUGAAACAACCGAAUUAUGUGAAGAAUGAUUGUCUAUUUGUUGAAGUAAGAAUUUUGAAAUGA